UGCUUCGGUGGUAUAAAUAUCAUCGCAUUUUACCUUAAAGUUAUCACUCGCUUUCUUUUGGUUGACCAUAUCGUUAAGUAAAAUACGAGGAAUUAUGAAGACAUUUGUGUGCAUCCUUGCUUUGGCCUCAGUCGCUUCUGCAACUCUUAAUCUACAAAGUCUACUUAGUGGACUUGGAGGAGGUGGUUCGAGCGGAGGAGGUAGUUCGGGAGGUGGAGGCAGAAGUUCAGGCGGUUCAGGCGGCUCAGGCGGUUUAGGUGGUUUAGGUGGUUUAAUUGGUGGUGGUGGUGGUGGAAAAGGACCAUUGGUGUCUACUCAACAUCAAUUAGACCACAAUGUCAACGUUGUACAUCAUUAUGCACCCUCAAGCGGUGGCGAUGGAGGCUAUGGACACGGUGGUGGUGGCGGUCAUGGCAGCGGUGGUGCUCAACAUCAUGUAGUCCAGGUUAUUCAUGAGAAUGGAGGUGGACACGGAGGUGGAUAUGGAGGCGGACAUGGAGGUGGAUAUGGAGGUGGACAUGAUGAUCAUCAAGAAGUUCAAGUUGUUAAAGUUAUUCAUGAAGAAGGAUCCUCAGGUUAUGGACAUGGAUCAGGUGGUCAUGGUGGUCAUGGUUCAGGUGGUCAUGGUGGCCAUGGAUCUGGAGGUCCCGUUAAGAUUGUUCAAGUAGUGCACGAACAAGCUCCCGAACAAGGCGGCUGGUGGUAA